AUGGUCGAGGUAGAUCAAUAUACAGUUGGCUGGGUGUGCGCGCUGUCAUCCGAGUUGACCGCGGCUCGGCUUCAUCUGGACGAAGAGCGAGACAGCGCAGACUUUGAAGGUCUUCCGGGGGACGACAAUACGUAUGUCCUCGGGUCCAUUGGCAAACACGACGUGGUCGUCGCUACUCUCCCACACGGGGAAUAUGGGACGUCUAGUGCGGCGGUCGUGGUCAGGGAUAUGAUUAGAUCUUUCCCAAGCUUGCGUGUCGUGCUUAUGGUGGGCAUUGGUGGCGGAGUGCCAGUCGUCGAAGAAGAAACCUUGCCGGGGCGCAGUCUCAGUAUCCUGCGCGACAUUCGGUUGGGUGAUGUCGUCGUCAGUGCGCCUCGAGACGGCAUUGGAGGAGUGGUGCAGCCCGAUCUGGGCAAAGCACUGCCUGACGGGAACUUUGUCAAAACAGGUCAUCUCAAUCAACCACCCAGAUCAUUGCUCACAGCGAUACAGCUGCUCGCGUCGGACAUUGAGCUCUAUGGUCACACGAUAGACCAUGAUAUCUCGACAAAGUUGGGCAGCAGACCAGGUCUCAAGCGCUAUCAUCGCCCUGAUGCGACGACGGACCGACUGUUCAGAUCAUCCUUCGUCCACGCUGGUAGCGACCAAGAAGAUUGUGCUCUAGUCUGCGAAUCGCAUUCAGAACAACUGAUUGAUCGUCCGGCCCGCGAUGUUGAGCCACAGAUUCACUACGGCCUCAUUGCCUCUAGCAAUACUCUAGUCAGAGAUGCAGCACUUCGAGAUGCGCUUGGCAAGAAAAGCAACGUCCUCUGCGUCGAGAUGGAGGCGGCCGGUUUGAUGAACCAGCUCCCUGUACUGGUCAUACGAGGCAUUUGCGACUAUGCGGAUUCCCACAAAAACGACACUUGGCAAAACCAUGCGGCAAUGACUGCCGCGGCAUAUGCCAAAAUGCUGCUUUUGAAGGCGACACCUGGCAGAGUCAAGUCGGCCCAGAAGUUGACUGAGAUGAGUGGAGUUCGCGAGCAGCUGGAUAGCAUCUCGGCAAACACCAACCAGUCCAACGUAAUACAGCAGGAGCUGCUUGACUUACACAAGAAGCAGGCGAGGCCAAAUCUUCAAGCUGAGCUGGAAAAGUGGUUCAAAAUGAGCGACCAUUCAAGCUAUCUGUUCUCAGAAGACACGAGACAAGACAUUGUACUCAGCAUGCAACUCCUCGUCCACUCUCUGACCCCAAUAUCCGCAGAGCAAUUGACUGACGCUGUGGCGCUCGCCAACUACAGCGAAGUUCCAGAGACUGUUGGAUCGCUAGCCUCGGUCUGUACUGAAGUCCGUUUAUUCACUCUGGAGAGGAGCUUUCCGAUUUCGGUACGAAUUCCGUAUCAAGUGAAAAUCGGUAGUAUCACGAGAAACCAAUUCAAGUUCGAGGUCAGAUACAAGACUUUCAAGGAGUAUGUCGCCAUGAACAAGAUGCCGCAGGGGAAGACGAUGCUGGAGGGACAACUCAAGCCCGACAUGGCAAAUUUGGCAGUGGCAAAGAUAUGCUUGAAAUGUUUACUACAGGGUCCGUCGCAGACAGAGUCAUGUCGGUUCAGCAGCUACGCUGCGCAGCACUGGAUUGCCCACUAUGUGGCAGCAGGAACGCCCGACCCAGCAUCGAAAGAGCUCGCCCUGAAGCUCCUUACGGACGACGAACAUGCCUUUGCUGGGUGGCUCAGGCGAUAUGCCUUUCCGGACUGGUUCACAGAGACAAAAUGCCUCUGCGCGCUGUCCCUCGUGGCCCUUGGCGGAUCUGUCGACCUGACGAAUGAACUGCUGCGUCAUGACAAAGGUCGUUGUCAACACUCGUGCACUGCAGUCGCCGCGGCAUGCUCGAUUGGGCACAUUGAAAUUGUUAGACUUCUGCUUGACAAUGGGUUUGGCUUUGACGGGCAAGCUGUGGCUUUGGCUCGUGAUGGUGGGCAUGCUGAGACGUACCAAUUGCUCACUGAACACUCGUCCACCGCGUUGUGA